AUGGCUCCGUCUUCUUCCCUAGCCUCACUCCUAGUUCUCCUCUCAAUUCUUAUAUCGCCAUUGGAGACAACAGCAAGCUUGCCAUUGCAGCAGAAGCUCGACAAGAUCGAUCGGCUCCCCGGCCAGCCCGCCGUGGACUUCAAUCAGUACUCCGGCUACGUUACAGUGGAUGAGAAGGCAGGCCGAGCUCUCUUCUACUGGCUUGUAGAAGCUCCGGCGGCUUCGCAGCCCGCUCCUCUUGUCCUCUGGUUGAACGGCGGCCCCGGAUGCUCCUCCAUCGCCUAUGGAGCUUCUGAAGAAAUCGGCCCUUUCCGCAUCCAUCCCAACGGCAAAACCCUCUACCUCAAUCGUUACAGUUGGAACAAUGAUGCUAAUAUUCUGUUCUUGGAAUCUCCUGCGGGGGUCGGGUUCUCCUAUUCGAAUACAUCCUCUGAUCUCUACACAGCUGGAGACCGAAGAACAGCCGUUGAUUCCUACAAUUUUCUCGUAAAUUGGUUCGAGAGAUUCCCGCAGUACAAGCACAGAGACUUUUAUAUAACUGGAGAAAGCUAUGCAGGACACUAUGUUCCUCAACUCUCUCAAAUUGUCUACAGAAAGAACAAAGGAAUUCAAAACCCUAGUAUUAACUUCAAGGGAUUUAUGGUGGGUAAUGCUGUUACUGAUGACUACAAUGAUUUUAUUGGAACAUUUGAGUAUUGGUGGAAUCAUGGGCUGAUAUCUGAUGAAUCUUAUCAUCUCCUCAAGACUUCUUGUGCACACGAGUCGUCAUUGUUCUCUUCAAAGGAAUGUUUUUACCUUCAAGCUGAGGUUUUUGAUGUCAUGGGAAAUAUUGAUCCUUAUAGCAUAUAUGCCCCAACAUGCAAUGACUCUGACUCUACACCAAGACAUAAGCACGUCAUAAGAAGUCGCUUUCCUUGGGUGUAUCGAGCAUUUGAUCCCUGCGGCGAAAAUUAUGCUAUGGUAUAUUAUAAUCUCCCUGAAGUGCAGAAAGCACUCCAUGCAAAUAUAACUGGGUUGAAUUAUACUUGGGACUUGUGCAGUGAAGUACUUCAAAAUUGGACUGAUUCCCCAAAAUCCAUGCUUCCUAUAUAUAAAGAACUGUUAGCAGCAGGCCUGAAGAUAUGGGUUUUCAGCGGUGAUACGGAUGCCAUAGUGCCGUUGACUGCAACUAGAUACUCUAUCGGUGCUUUGAAUCUACCGACUCUGAUUAAAUGGUAUCCUUGGUAUGACCAUAACACGGUUGGUGGUUGGAGCCAAGUUUAUAAGGGUCUAACAUUGGUCACCAUACGUGGAGCAGGUCACGAGGUUCCUCUUCAUAAACCUCGACAAGCACGCGUUCUAUUUCGACAUUUUUUGAAAGAUAAACCUAUGCCAUCUAAAUAAAAAUAUAUGUCUAAUGUGUUGUGUGAGGUUAUAUCAAAAGCAUUUCUCAUCUAUUUUUGUAUC